AUGAUGCAUGAAGGCCGCCAGGGACAGACCCGGGCAGAGUUUGCCGUUCCUGUUUCUGUUGUUUGUUCUGUGGGCUUGGUGGAGAGCUGCGUGCGAUCGAGGUGUAUGUACACCCCAGAAGCAGCAGAGGUUGCAGCAGCUGUACGCACAGCAGCAGAAGGCAUCAUACUGCGGCGUCUAUACACCCAAACACGCAUCACCAUCUCUAUUCUUGUUUUCGCGGAUGACGGCUGUGUUCUUGCAGCCUCUCUUAUGGCUGCUUCUCUCGCUUUGGCUGAUGCAGGCGUUGCUAUGAGGGACUUAAUGCCUGCAUGCACCGUGCUGCUGCUGCCGCAGCACCAGCAGCUGCAGCAGCACGAGCCGCUGCUGCUGGUAGACCCAACCACCGACGAGAUCCGCACAGGGGGCCCCUCGCUGACGCUGGGGGUUACAGCUCAAACAAACAACGAUGCAAGGCGAUUGGCCCCUUGA